AUGGGAGAUGGCUUUGUGAGAGGCUGUGACCAAUGGGAAUACCUCAGUGGUGCCAGCUCCCACACCGUCCUGCAGUACUACAAGGGAUCCCACAGCCCAGCCAUCCACGCACCCUACGCAGGACGAGCUGUUUUCCGUCCAUCCGAUGGAUCUCUCCUGCUGGAGGAGCGUGUCCAGGAAAGUGACAGUGGCAUCUACAAAGCAACUGUCAACAUGGGAGACAGGGAGAGCCUGAAAAUCCUGCUGGAAGUCCUCAAUGUGCUGGUCUGUAACACGCCCCAGGUGGGGCAGAGCGACCAGCUCCAACGGCAGGGGAUUGUCCCAUGUCACAGUGGGGACGCACGCUCGCAGGCCCGGCCGAUGCAACUCCUGCGGCGAGGCCCCAUUGUGAGGUGUGAGGUGUCCCGGGCUGUAUCUGCCCAGCAGGGCCAGCACAGCGCCAGAUCCGCUGCUGGUCGCAGACGAGAGCUCCUGGUUUGGAUCCCCAGCCUUGAGCCUCGUGUGGUACCAAAGGCGCUCAGGCCCUGUGUCGCUAUGGCACCGCUGCUGCUGCUGCUGCUGCUGCUGGGCCUGGCCCCCGGCCUGGCCCGGCCCCUGGGGCCCUGCCCGGGGCCCUGCCGCUGCCGCGGGCGCCGCCUGGACUGCAGCAGCGCUGCCCUGGCCCGCGUGCCCCUGGCCACCCCCCAACGGCCCUUCUCCGUGCUGGAUUUCACUGGGAACGCGCUCGCCCUCAUUCGCCCUCAGCCGUGGAAGGGAUACCUGUGGGCUGAGAAGCUAGUCCUCCAGCACAACAACCUGCUGGCGGUGAAGAGGCGCUCGCUGGGGGGACUGCUCCUGCUGAGGCACCUGGAUUUAUCUUACAACAAAAUCCAGUUGAUCGAGGCACGUGCUUUUGAGAACCUUCCUUUCCUGGAGACCAUGUGA